AUGCCGAGGUUCGAACAGCAUGGGAUUUCAACUCUUUGGAAUCUCCAGUCUCCGGGAUACGGAGUACAAUUCGAAGGUAAAAAAUAUGAUCUCUUGCCACAUAAAGCACCAUCUUACAAACAUAUGAUAAACGUUGAAAGUGACGUUCACAUAGUAUUUGUAAAUGAACAAAGGAAAUAUAGCUUAUUGGAACGAGAUAUACGUGAACAAAAUUACUGUUGUCUUAUCGAUUGGAAGAUCAACAUCAUUGUGACUGUAAUUAAGGAACUCAUGGUCAGAGUACAUUAUUCACCUUACUGUCUGAUAAGGUGCCAAAAGACGAUGAUAUUUAAUGAAGCACAAUUUUAUCUCCGAGAUUACAUACCACAUGGUGCAUUCUUGCCAUUGGAAACUUAUUUUGAUUGA